AUGUCGCCAACGGUAGGAAAAUGCAAUAAAAUCAGGCACAUAGUCAGAAUCCGGCAAAUGCUACGACAGUGGCGCAAAAAAGCUGCGUCAUCAUCAACCUCCCGCUUCACCGGCGUAAGCGUACCGUCCGAUGUGGCUCCGGGACAGAAAGAGUACGGGUUCACCAAUCCAGGACCUUUAGCUAUACCUUGUGAUGAAUCGGAGUUCGAAGAGAUACUCCGAUUCAUGUCAGGACCCGAGUCGGUCAUCUCGGAUCGGUUCAAUAGUCUGGAGGACUUUCAAAGAUGCCGCCUAGUUGGGUAUGAUAGUUUGGGUGAAUCUCGACCUUUGCUUAAUGGGCUUUCCGAUGAAUCAGUCUUUUAA